CUCUCUCUCUCUUUCUCUCCCGCGCGUUCGUUCAUCCGGACAGAUUCUUCUUCUUCUUCUCUCUCCAGUGGAUACUGCAGGGAACACACGGAUUGCCUCUAGGAUGGAUUGCUGAAACUCCCUUUUGUGCGAGAUUAUCCAUUUAUUUCUUUUCAUUCCCUUCCCGUCACACUCUCUCGUCUCCAUCCAUCCAUCCCAUCCAUGAGUCCGGACGGGUUCUGACUCGGACAGAAUGCGGAUCCUGGUGUUGAUUCCGCUGCUGUGGGGACUCGGUGAAGGGGCUUUUCCCAGCAGUGUCCAAAUCGGUGGAUUGUUUAUAAGAAACACAGAUCAAGAAUAUACAGCUUUCCGCUUGGCCAUAUUUCUUCAUAACACGAGUCCGAAUGCCACAGAAGCCCCAUUCAACCUGGUUCCACAUGUCGACAACAUCGAGACGGCAAACAGCUUUGCUGUCACCAAUGCCUUCUGUUCGCAGUAUUCACGAGGAGUGUUUGCGAUAUUCGGCCUGUAUGACAAGCGUUCGGUUCACACUCUGACGUCGUUCUGCAGUGCCCUGCACAUCUCUCUGGUGACGCCCAGUUUCCCCGCCGAGGGCGAGACCCAGUUCGUCCUGCAGCUGCGUCCGUCCAUCCGCGGAGCCCUGCUGAGCCUGCUGGACCACUAUGACUGGAGCCGCUUCGUGUUCCUGUACGACACCGACAGAGGAUAUGCCGUCCUGCAGGCCAUCAUGGAGAAGGCGGGUCAGAACGGUUGGCAGGUUAGUGCCAUCUGUGUGGAGAACUUUAAUGACGCCAGCUAUCGACGUCUGCUGGAGGACCUGGAUCGACGGCAGGAGAAGAAGUUCGUCAUUGACCUCGAGGCAGAGCGACUGCAGAAUAUACUAGAACAGAUUGUGAGCGUGGGGAAACAUGUGAAAGGAUAUCACUACAUCGUCGCUAACCUGGGUUUUAAGGAUAUUUCUCUUGAGAGGUUCAUGCACGGCGGGGCGAACGUAACUGGUUUCCAGUUGGUGGAUUUCAGCAAACCGAUGGUGAUCAAACUAAUGCAGCGCUGGAACAAACUAGACCAGAGGGAGUAUCCGGGAUCUGAAAGCCCACCCAGGUAUACAUCAUCAUUGACGUAUGAUGGUGUACUAGUGAUGGCGGAGGCAUUUCGGAAUCUGCGUAGACAGAAGAUCGACAUCUCUCGCAGAGGCAAUGCUGGAGACUGCCUGGCCAACCCAGCUGCUCCUUGGAAUCAGGGAAUCGACAUGGAACGAACUCUGAAACAGGUGAGAAUCCAGGGUCUCACGGGAAAUAUCCAGUUUGAUCAUUAUGGACGUCGAGUCAACUACACCAUGGACGUCUUUGAGCUAAAGAGUAACGGCCCCCGCAAGAUCGGUUACUGGAACGACCUGGAUAAAUUGGUACUCGUCCAGAAUGAGCUCUCUAUGGGCAAUGACUCCGCAAUGGAGAACAGGACGGUUAUCGUCACAACUAUAAUGGAAGGGCCGUAUGUGAUGUUGAAGAAGAACUGGGAGAUGUACGAGGGGAACGAGCAGUUUGAAGGUUACUGUGUGGAUCUGGCGUCUGAAAUCGCCAAACAUAUCGGCAUCAAGUACAAGAUCUCAAUCGUGCCGGAUGGGAAAUACGGAGCCAGAGACCCAGAGACGAAGAUCUGGAACGGCAUGGUUGGGGAGCUGGUGUACGGGAAAGCGGAAAUCGCUGUGGCCCCUUUGACCAUCACUCUGGUCCGGGAGGAGGUGAUUGAUUUCUCCAAGCCCUUCAUGAGUCUGGGCAUCUCCAUCAUGAUCAAGAAGCCGCAAAAGUCCAAACCCGGCGUCUUCUCCUUCCUGGACCCGCUGGCCUACGAGAUCUGGAUGUGCAUCGUGUUCGCCUACAUCGGCGUGAGCGUGGUGCUCUUCCUGGUCAGCCGCUUCAGCCCGUACGAGUGGCACACCGAGGAGCCAGAGGAAGGCUCCGACGGUCCGCCCAGCGACCAGCCCCCCAAUGAGUUCGGCAUCUUCAACAGUCUCUGGUUCUCCCUCGGCGCAUUCAUGCAGCAGGGCUGCGACUUCACACCCAGGUCUCUGUCUGGGCGCAUAGUCGGAGGAGUUUGGUGGUUCUUCACUCUCAUCAUUAUUUCCUCCUACACUGCAAACCUGGCAGCUUUCCUGACCGUGGAGAGAAUGGUGUCGCCCAUCGAGAGCGCAGAAGACCUGGCCAAGCAGACAGAGAUCGCCUACGGGACUCUCGAUUCGGGCUCCACCAAAGAGUUCUUCAGGAGAUCGAAAAUCGCGGUGUAUGAAAAAAUGUGGAGUUACAUGAAGUCAGCGGAGCCCACCGUCUUCACCAAGACCACAGCAGAGGGCGUCGCUCGAGUCCGCAAGUCCAAAGGCAAAUACGCCUUCCUGCUGGAGUCCACCAUGAACGAGUACACAGAACAGCGCAAGCCCUGCGACACCAUGAAGGUCGGAGGGAAUCUGGACUCCAAGGGCUACGGCGUCGCCACGCCUAAAGGAUCGCAGCUAAGAAAUGCUGUAAACCUGGCCGUGUUAAAGCUGAAUGAACAGGGGCUGUUGGACAAAUUGAAAAAUAAAUGGUGGUACGACAAGGGCGAAUGUGGCAGCGGGGGCGGGGACUCGAAGGACAAGAGUUCGCAGGCUCUGAGCCUCAGCAACGUGGCGGGGGUUUUCUACAUCCUGGUGGGCGGCCUGGGUCUGGCCAUGCUGGUGGCCCUGGUCGAGUUUUGCUAUAAGUCCCGCGCCGAGGCCAAGAAACUGAAGGUGGAAUCGGCUGAACUGAAUUUUAGCCCCGCUCCCAGCCCGACGCACAGUGUGCAGAACUUAGCCACUUAUAGAGAGGGAUACAACGUGUACGGCUCUGACGCAGUAAAGAUAUAGGGCUCACCUUCUCGGAAGCCAUGAGAAACAAAGCCCGCCUGUCAAUCACGGGCAGCCUGGGGGAAAAUGGGCGUGUCCUGACGCCAGACUGCCCUAAGGCCGUGCACUCUGGCCCCUCCUACCGACAUGGCCCCGCCCUCGCCGUGGUGUCCUCCUACCUCCCAUAGAAACCAAAAACUCACCUUGUGCCUUAAACCAUCUUAUCCGAAGUUCAGAAACACGCCGGCUUGCGCUUCCCAGGGAUUUGGACCUGAAAAGAAAAACAAUUCAGCCCUCGGGAGGAAAAAACAGACAAAAAAAAAGACGUCAAAAAUUGUAAACAAACACUGAGAUGAACGUUUUGACGCAGUCGAGCAUCAAGGAUCCGUGAUGCCUUAACUGAAGCCUUUGGGGAGAAAAAAACAACAAUGAGAUGAAAAAAAAAUCACGUAGAAGACCAGAUAACUGUACAUGUAAAGACAUUAGCUGCGCUUCCCUGUUCAGCAUUAUUAGACGUAUUAACUCACAACAGAACGACGCAUUUGGUCCACUAGCUGUAUUUACUAAACCGUAUGUAGAUAUUCUCUCAGGAGCCAUCCGAGGAGGACAACGACGUUCAUUUUGGGAGAGGAGAAAAGUGGGAGCCGCUUGCUUUUUAUUUUAUUUUAUUUGUAUCUUUUCGGGACUGAAUUGUAAAUAGACCAGUAGUAAAAGCUGAACACGAUUCUUUUAUAAAGCAUCUUAGGUAAUAAUUCAUUGCAAUAAUGACCAUAGGGAGAGACCUGACUUGUAAUUAAGAGACCUUUUAUAAAACACACAAGUAUUAUUAUUAUAUCUACAGAAACGAAUCUAUAUAAUAGAGGGACUAAAAACAGCACCGUUUGCGUGUGAGACCAUGGCAUCUGUUCUGUUAACAAUUGUUUUUGAUAACUGAUGUAACGCAGUGUGUGUUCGUGUCUUUGUCUUUAAUGAAUGUCCACGCAUUUCACCGUUCGCACAAACACACAUGUACACACACACGGACACGCGAGCGUAUGUGAACGCCGCACCGCAUCAUCACAGCAGGAUCACACACACCGACUCCUGACUCUCACGUUUGGUGUUUGGUUUUGUUUUCUUUUGCUUUUCUCUUUGUACCCACCAAUUCAAAUAAAACUGGAACAUUUAUACUAUAAA